GCAGGCUUGGACUGGUGGAUACCGAGUGCUCCGUCACACGCACCUCCGCCUGGACCCCCACCUCUCUCCUCUCUGAUGCCCGAGGACGAAGCAUCUCACUGAAGUUUAGCCUCUCUGGAUGAGCAGGAGUAGAAUGGAAGGGGUGUGACAGUGGGAUGUUGACAUUUUCGUCUCUCAGUUGACUCACUUUGUUCUGAGGUGGCCUCCCAUUACUUCCUGGGGACCCCCCAGCCUCAACCAACCACUGCUUGGCCUCCUGUGAUGGCACAGUUCCUCCUGCCACUGUCACCUUCCAUUGUCCUUUCUUCAGAGCAACACCCCUUGUCAGUGAUGACAUGUCCACCAUGUCAAAGGUGUCAGCCGGCGCUGCUUAUUCGGUCCAGAGAUGUGAAAGAAGGCAUCUAGAUGUUGCCGGAAAGAGACGUUUGAGGAAAACGCCUUCCCUUUCCAUCAGCACGUACGCGCCAGAUCCAAGACUACAACCGCUUGGGAGCAAACAUGUGGGAGGAGAACUUUGAUACGGAGCAUGACGUCGGCCAGAAGCUCGACUACUCGCCCGUACCGUGGCAAGAGUACUUCGAUCAGAUGGAGGACGUAAGCGUGGGCCAGGCCGACAGCCGAGACAUCUUCAGGGUUUACAAAGCGGGACACGAGGGGCCCCUGCUCAUUCUCCUGCAUGGGGGAGGACAUUCGGCCUUGUCCUGGGCAGUCUUCACUACCGCCAUCGCCGCCAGAGUGUGCUGCCGGGUGCUUGCCAUGGACCUCAGAGGUCACGGUGAUACUCUGGUCCGCCAAUCAGAUGACUUCUCCACUCAAACCAUGUCCAGCGACAUUGCCAACGUGGUCAGAGCAUGCUACGGCGAGACUCCUCCUCCCAUUGUCCUGAUUGGCCACGGGGUCGGCGGGGCGAUUGCAGUGCACACAUCCGGCAAUGAGUUGUUGCCAACCAUUGUGGGACUGGUGGCCAUCGAUGUUGUCGAGGGAAGUGCAAUGGAGGCGCUUCACAGCAUACAGAAUUUCUUGAAAGGAAGACCCAAGUCCUUCAAGUCUAUGGACCACGCCAUCGAGUGGAGUGUCAAGAGCGGGCAAAUCCGGAAUCUGGAAUCUGCUAGAGUGUCGAUGGUUGGUCAAAUCAAAAGGUGUGAGGUGGAGGAAACUGACUCUCUGGAGCAGGCCAGCCCAGUUAGCGAUGUGGUGGUCGAACGCAACGAGGAGUUCUACGACCAAAGCUAUGAUAAAGACAACGCCGGCACGGAGGUGAGCCUCAGCGAAGGCCAGAGUGUCUACAGAUGGCGCAUAGACCUGUCGAAGUCGGAGAAAUACUGGGACGGCUGGUUUCGGGGAACGUCCAACCUCUUUUUGUCCUGCAACCUGCCAAAGCUUCUCCUCCUGGCUGGAAUCGACCGGCUUGACCGUGACCUGACCAUAGGCCAGAUCCAAGGUAAAUUCAUGAUGCAGGUGCUGCCCCCCUGUGGUCAUGCAGUGCAAGAAGACAAACCAGAUAAAGUUGCUGACGCCGUGGCCUCCUUCCUGUUACGGCACAAGUUUGCAGAGCCCAGAAGAGAAAUUAGCUCAAACUCUUUUACGGAAUGAGGUCCACAUAAUAGCAAAAAGAAGAUCCUGAUCUGAUCCACAUGCUUCAAACAACACAAACCUCCAUUAUUGCUCCAUUUUUAUGGCUGAUGUAUUGCUGUAGUUCUAAGCUUUUAACAAUAAAAUUGACAGUUAA